AUGGCUGGUAGACCCCCAAACAUCAACGCCAAUCUUGCUACCGCUCUAAAUGGUCUGACCGAAGUUUUAAGGGCACAGGCGCAGUUCAUGCAAGGGGCUUAUGUUGUUCCGGGGGGAGAACAACGUGGACUUGAUAAGUUUUUGAAGCGGAACCCUCCGACUUUCAAGGGGGAGUACAAUCCCGACGGAGCUUAUAAAUGGAUGACUCAGGUGGAAAAGAUUCUUAACUCGAUGAACUGCACCGACAUUCAGAAGGUGAGUUAUGCCAGUUAUCUGCUGGAAGGGGAAGCUGAAACCUGGUGGACCCAGGUUAAACCGAGGAUGAUCCAAGUUAACCUGAUGACUUGGAUGGAGUUUAAAAGGGUAUUCCUGGAGAAAUACUUCCCUGAAGACGUCAAGGCUCGAAAGGAAGUUGAAUUUUUGGAGCUGAAACAGGGAAAUAUGACUGUUGGGCAAUAUGCAGCUAAAUUCGAGGAACUGGCUCAAUUUCAUCCGUCGUAUCGCGAUGCUGCGAAUGAAAACUCCAAAUGUAUUAAGUUCGAAAAUGGAUUGAGGCCAGACAUCAAAGCUGCCAUCGGGUACCAACAGAUUCGAAAUUUUUAUACGUUGGUAGACAAAUGCCGCAUAUUCGAGAAUGAUGACAAACAGAGAAGGGAGUACCUGAAAACCCUCGGUCCUCAGAAGAACUUUCGAGGAGGAAUUGAUAAAAAGAAACAAUUCCAGAAAGCUUUCCGAUCGCAAGGUUCUUCUUCUGGUAAGAAAAACAAAGACCUGAGAUACCAGCCGCAAAGUUCUCUCCGAUGUUACAAUUGUGGAGGGAACCAUUAUCGGAAUGAAUGUCCUCACACGCAAGCUGUAUGUUACCGGUGCAAACAGCCAGGGCAUGUCAGUACAAAUUGCCCAAAUCCUAAAGUGGAAUCUUCCAACAGUGAACGUGGAGGAGCUGGCAACCGCAACAACAACAACAACAAUAACAACAAAGGGAAGAAGGAGAACAACAAGGCACCUGCCCGAGGUCGUGUCUUCACUCUGACUGGAGCAGACCUAGAACCAACUGAAGAUCUGAUUCAAGGUACAUGUUUUAUGAAUGGCAUUCCUUUAGUUGUUUUGUAUGAUUCUGGUGCUACCAAUUCCUUCAUUGCUGUUGAUCUCGUGAAACGGUUGCGUUUGGCCACGCAAUCUUUAUCUCGUAAACUCAUAGUAUCAACCCCUACUGGAGAUACUGUGAGACAGAAAUUUUGUGGUAAAUCUUGUUUGCUUACCACUGUCCCAAAUCGAUAUAAUCAUGGGAAUGGAUUGGCUUUCGUCCAAUCAUGUCCUUCUGGAUUGCCAUCGUAA